AGGAUAUGAGUUACGACACUUAGGGGUGUUACCCUCUUUCUUCAGAUCUGUGGGGUUAUCGCGUAACAUACCAUGUCACAUGAUUUGACAAUGCAGGAAAAAAAACUCAACUCGGUUUCAUUGGCUUAAAUAUAGUUCAGGACAACACAUACGAAGUGAAGAUGAGGAAGUACUGUGUAGUAUAGGAAAUAGAAGCUUUUAAAGAUAAUUUACUGUAAUGUGAAACUGGCUUGUUAAGUCCUGAUAAAUGAGUAGAAGUACCGGAGAAGAUUCUUUAUUCUUGAAUUAAGAGAAAGGGACUGUGAAAGCACAUCAGCAACAUGGCCAAUGCCCUGGCCAAUGCCACCUGUGAGCGCUGUAAGGGUGGUUUUGCACCCGCUGAGAAGAUUGUGAACAGUAAUGGUGAGCUGUACCAUGAGCAGUGCUUUGUGUGUGCACAGUGCUUCCAGCAGUUCCCAGAAGGACUUUUCUAUGAGUUUGAAGGAAGGAAGUAUUGUGAACAUGAUUUUCAGAUGCUUUUUGCCCCUUGCUGUCAUCAGUGUGGUGAAUUCAUCAUUGGCCGAGUUAUUAAAGCCAUGAAUAACAGCUGGCAUCCCGAGUGUUUCCGCUGUGACAUCUGCGAUAAAACUUUGGCAGAUAUUGGGUUUGUCAAGAAUGCAGGGAGACAUCUGUGUCGCCCCUGUCAUAAUUGUGAGAAAGCCAGAGGCCUCGGGAAAUACAUUUGCCAGAAAUGCCAUGCCAUCAUCGAUGAACAGCCACUGAUAUUCAAGAAUGACCCUUACCAUCCAGAUCAUUUCAACUGUGCCAACUGCGGGAAGGAACUGACCGCUGAUGCCCGGGAGCUGAAAGGGGAACUAUACUGCUUGCCAUGCCACGAUAAAAUGGGAGUCCCCAUCUGUGGCGCCUGUCGACGGCCCAUCGAGGGACGCGUGGUAAAUGCCAUGGGCAAGCAGUGGCAUGUGGAGCAUUUUGUUUGUGCCAAGUGUGAAAAGCCAUUUCUUGGACAUCGCCAUUAUGAGAGGAAGGGCCUGGCGUACUGUGAAACCCACUAUAACCAGCUAUUUGGUGAUGUUUGUUUCCACUGUAACCGUGUUAUUGAAGGUGAUGUGGUUUCUGCCCUUAAUAAAGCCUGGUGCGUGAACUGUUUUGCCUGUUCUACCUGUAACACUAAAUUAACACUCAAGAAUAAGUUUGUGGAGUUUGACAUGAAGCCAGUUUGUAAGAAGUGCUAUGAGAAGUUUCCACUGGAGCUGAAGAAAAGACUUAAGAAACUAUCUGAGACCUUAGGGAGGAAAUAAUUGCCUUUAUUUUACUUUUUUGCUUCUAUGCAAAGAUAAGAAAUCAACAACAUGACUUGACUUGAUCCAUCUUUAUUUAAACUGUAUCUCAAAAGAGUUGAGACUGAGGGGGACUUAAAUGUAUGGUUUUCUUCAUCUCUUUUUUUUUUUCCUCAUUAAAAAAGAAAAAAAAUGUUUGUGUCAUGUAUUUAAAACACAGCUGACAUCAGGAUUUGCCUUUGUUAAUCCUUAUCAAUUUAUUGACAUAUACACUGUACUUAAUAGCAAAAAUCACAUAAUUAAAUGUUAAUUAAGGUCUAAAAAAUUAACUAUAACUUGGUAAAAUGAAAGUAAGGAGUCAGCUUUUACAUGACUCAGAUAAAAAACAAUAUAAACAUUUUUUUACUUUGUAUUCAAAAGAAAAUCAUUUCCAACUGCUGUUGGGAGGAAAUAUGGGAAAGAAAAAUAACCCACCAAGAAAAACAAACCUUACACAAACUUAGCAUGUUGAUCAGAUUAAUAGCUGUAAAGUGGACAAGAAACACGUAUUCAGAACUACUUGAUUUUGUUACAUUUUGGUUACAUGCAGUACUUAUUAUGCUUAGUUUUAUAUGUUGUUCUUGUGAACUUCUUCCUUCAUAUAAAUACUUAACAAUAGUCAUAGCUAAUUAAUAGUAUGCCUUUUUAAAUUUUGUGCAAAAAUUUUAUACCUGAUAUUUGAAAAUACAGUGUACUUUACAAUAGUGGACAAAAUGAAGUAUUUUUUAAUGUAUUAGAGCAAAUAUGCCUUUAAGUUUAAUGUCAAAGAUGUAGACUUACAGUAGGACAUGAAAUUAAAUUUUAUGCAGCUUGAAAUAUAUCACUUAAAACGUGUGUGUAUAUGUAUUGGUCAUAUUGCCUUUAUAACCACACUAAUAUCUGUGCUUUAUACAUAAUCAAAUUUGCCUUGCCUUAGAAAAACACAUACUUUAAUCAAGAAUUCUAGAUGUUUGGUACAAUACCAACUAAAAAUAAGUGCAUCGAUUGGGAUUUGUAAACACAAAUUCGUUUAUCACAGCACUGCUGAUUUUUUUUUUCUUCUCAGUUUGUUGGAGAAACCCGUUAAAAUUAAUUUCUGUCAUCUUAUUAGGGAGAAUAAUGUUGAUAUGUAAUUGUUUCAGGUUUUCUAUUUCGAAUCUCAUAAUUAAUUGGAUUUUAUUUAGUAUAAGUAAGAGCUGUAAAUGACACUUUGAAAUUGGAAGAGAGAUGUCAAAAGUGUUAAUUUUAGGUCAGAAGUAGUGAAUUAUUCUACUUUAUAAAAAAUUUUACCCCAAAGUUCCAGGACCAUUCUUUGUGGAUAAGCUUGUUGUGCAAAGCAAAAGCUUUAGGGACAUUUUUAAAAUGUUGCUGCUGCUAUGUUAGUGUUUAAAAAGAAAGUUACCAAGAUGGGCCUCUAAAAGGAAAACUGCUGAUUUUUCCAAAUAUUGCUGAAAAUACUGUUUUGCCAUAAAAAAAAUCUCAGGAUGCUACCACUCUGCCAUUAAAAUAUUUAUAUGCAUGCAUUUUUUUAAAUUUGUGCAUGCACUUUACAGAGUAAAUUCUGUUUCUGUUUUCAAACAGGUUAUUUUUUAAUGUUCUUUUAGAAUUCAAAGAAUUUGAUUGAAAUUAAUAACAUAUUUUAAGAUUGUACAUGUUCAGUAGUUUGAAACGAUCUUUGCAUUUGACGGUAAGAAUCAAAAUCCCUUCCGUGUGCCUUUGUCAGCUAAUAUAUGACCAGCAAUGAAAACCUUGAAAGUAUUUAUUAAGUAUUAUACUAUGGAUGUAGGCAAAAUAGGAUAGUAUAGGGUCUUGAUGGUAAAUUCACCCCUACACAAAAAUACAAAGCAGAAAAGCCUUUACCUAUAUUCUUAACCACUUUGAAGAUGCAUGGACUGAACUCAACUGCUUUGCUUAUGUAUCUUACAUAGCUAGGCAUCUUCUGUGGCCAGAGGUCCAAUGCUUUCUUUGCUCAGUCCUUUCUUAAAAUGUGAAUUGAUGUUUCUUAGAAGUUUGACUUGUUAAGUCCCUAACACCUUAGGGUAGUUUAUCUAGAUACAGAACAUCAUUAGAGCCCUUACAUGUGGGAAAGAAAGAAGUUGAAAAGUUACAAAUGGAAUAGAAGACAAACUUGGUCAGUUUCAUAAUGUUUUUUGUGGGGCUUGCCCUGGCUACUGAAAAACUCAUGCCAGUUAGCAUCUCUUUAUUGGAAGUCCUACAUGACAAUAUGAAAUGAUUUUUUUUUUUUGUUUACACCUAAUUUCCAAGUGCUCAUUUUCUUAGCAAGCCUAAUAUUAUUGGGAAUAACGUCUUGGUACAAUUAAAACAUUCUUUGGAUCAUACUCAAAGCCCUAUUAACACUGCACCUGAAGUAAUGUUAUCUUGCCUCAAUCAUUUGCCAAAAUAGCCAUUUGUAAGUUAUGGGUGUUUUGAGGUAUUUCAUUUUAGAUUGUACGCUUAAUGGCAAGGAUACUAUAUCAAUAAUUAUGUUUUUAUAUAGCAACGAAUGCAGUAUACUCUUGGUGCUUAAUAAAUGUUCAUAAUUAUUAACCAUAA